AUGGGUGAGAAUAGAGCAAAUACCUUCUCCAAUGUCCCUGAAAGGGACAAAGGAAAAGCUACAAAGUGGGAGGAGUGCAAGGCAAUCACAGUGGAAAGUGAGAAGACUUUGAAGAAGGAAGCCAUCAAUCAGGAAAAACACAACAGAGAAGUUCCACAAGAAGAGAUAGAGGGGAGAAGUGAAGAGGAUCAGACAACCAAGAAGGCACAAAUCUCAAAGGGGGACAAGAACAUCCUUGAACCACAACUACAAGAGAAGAAAGAAAGGGUGAGGCAAUAUGUCCCCAAACUUCCAUACCCUCAGAGAUUCAAAAAAGAAAACGAGGAUAAGCAGUACUCAAAAUUCCUGGACAUAUUCAAGAUACUCAGCAUCAAUAUUCCUUUCUUAGAAGCACUUGAACAGAUGCCAUUGUAUGCCAAAUUUAUGAAGGAAGUGCUGACAAAGAAAAAGUCCCUGAAAGAAGAACAAAUUGUUGAGAUGACAAUGGAAUGUAGUGCUAUUCUCCAAAUAGAGUUGCCAGAGAAGAAAGAUGAUCCUGGGAGUUCUUAUAUACCUUGCACCAUAGGAAACGUAACAAUUGAGAAGUCAUUAUGUGACCUUGGUGCAAGCAUAAAAUUGAUGCCUUUGUCUCUAAUGAGGAAACUCCAAAUUUUUGAGCUGAAAUCUACACGAAUACAUCUUCAAAUGGCUGACAAGUCCAUUCAGCAAGCACUUGGAGUUGUAGAGAAUGUGCUGAUCCUUUCACUUGAACACCUAGAGAUCAUCAAAGAGAAGACCGGAAGAAAGUUCACAGUAAGAGGAGAAAAGCUAAGGCACUAUGACUUUCAGCCUCCAUGA